CACGCUUAUUAUAUUCACACAAGGAUUUUUUUAUUUCUUUUUUUCUUCUUUUCCCUCUCUUCUUUAACCCUUAUCAUGUACAACGUACAAUUUCAACACUCGCCUUAUUCAGACCAUCAAAACCAAUAUGAAAUAUCGCUAAAUAAUGAUAAAGCGACUUUUCCUUCACCAAUAACAACUUCGCCUCUAGACUCACCCCCAAAUAAACUACCUUCAAACCAUUAUAUGACAUUACCACCCACUUCGCCAAGGCCCUAUAGCAACAGAAUAAGUCAACAAUAUGAUAUGUCAAACUACAUGCCAAAUCAACAAGCAAGUUAUUCUCAGCCCAUAUCAACAAAAGAUAAUCCAAUCAAAUUACCAUCAAGCCCACGCUAUUACGAAAACAAUAACAAUGACGAGAACUCACUUGUUUCGCCUUCAAGCCCACCUAACCUUGAAGAUGAAAUUGCACAGAGAAAUAUGCAACAUAUAUUUGAGAAAAAAAGACGCCGAAGAGAAUCGCAUAAUGCAGUCGAACGCCGAAGAAGAGAUAAUAUCAAUGACCGCAUCAAUGAGCUUGCUACCCUUUUACCUGACAGAGAUGCUGUUAAAUCUAAUAAGGGUACUAUUCUUCGUAAAUCUGUGGACCAUAUUAGACUUUUGCAUGACAAACUAAGACAGCAUCAACAACGUAUUCAAGAGUUGGAAGGUACACUGGAGUUAUACCGUGUUAGAAUGGGAGGUCAUCCAACAAACAAUAUGAUCCCGCCUGGACAUCCUUUAGAUCUAUCUGGAAUGCAACCACAUAUGACUAGUCAUGUAUCUUAUCCAAGAGACUGAUAUCGUUAUAUAUCUAUCUUUUUUUUUUUUUUUUUU